AUGAAGCCUUCCGAGUUGCUGGUCGGUGCGGCCAGGGCAGCUUCCUACAAUAUGAUGUUGCAGCUAACCACAAGAGUGCUGACAUUUGUCCUGAAUGCUUUCAUUUUGAGAUACAUUUCCCAUGAAUUGCUUGGUGUUGUGAAUGUCCGGCUGACUCUCCUCUACAGUACAAGCAUUUUCAUCACAAGGGAAGCAUUUAACCGUGCUUGCCUGAGUCAUGUGGGGAAGGCCUCUUGGACACAAAUUAUCAACUUGCUAUGGCUCACGGUUCCUUUUUCCGUAGUUGUUUGCUGCAUCCUAAGUUUUGUAUGGGUCAGUCUGCUCCAGCGUCCUGACCCCUCCAUUAUCCCAUACUAUGAUUUUGGUGCAACCUGUUUUGCCCUCUCUACUGUGAUUGAAGUCCUGGCCCAACCCUUGUGGGUCAUAGGUCAAGCCUUCAUGUUUGUGAAACUAAGGGUCUUGAUGGAUUCUUUUUUUUUGGCUGUGAAGUCUGUCAUUACAGUUUUUCUUAUUCUCCACAAACCACAGCUUGGUCUUGUCAUAUUUUCAUUGGCUCAGGUCAUCUCUAUGUGUGGUUAUGUAACUGUUUACUAUGUUUAUUUUACCUUAUACAUGAAAAGUGCCAGAAAGAAAAACGAUGACUUUCCGCUGAAAAGUAUUCGAGAUUUCUUCCCAAAAUUCAUCAAAAAUAAGAGUUUCAUCAACUUUGACUUAGCCCUUUUAACUUGGACUUUCAUGAAACAAUCUCUUCUCAAACAAUUUCUCACAGAAGGUGAGAAAUAUGUCAUGACCCUUUUUAAAGUUCUCUCUUUUGCUGAUCAAGGAAUUUAUGACAUUGUCCACAAUCUGGGUUCACUUGCUGCUCGCUUUAUCUUCUGCCCCCUUGAAGAAAGUGGGUACCUUUUCUUCUCCCAGUUACUAGAAAGAGGGCAACCACUGAAAAAACAAAGAAAGGAAUCCUCCAUUUUGGCUCAGAAAAUCCUGAGUGCUCUUUUGAAAACAGUCACAUUGAUUGGGUUGACCAUUCUUGUCUACGGUUACUCGUACUCUUUCCUUGCUUUAGACAUUUAUGGUGGAUCGGCAUUAAGUGCAUCUUCGGGCCCCACAUUACUACGUUGGUAUUCCUUGUAUGUCUUGGUUAUUGCUGUGAAUGGCGUCACUGAAUGUUUUGUAUUUGCGACUAUGAGCCAUGAAGAAUUGGACAGAUGUAAUGUCAUGAUGCUGCUCUUCUCAGUCAUUUUUCUAGCUGCUUCUUGGAUACUCAUCCAAAUGUUUGGCAGUGUUGGAUUUAUUUUGGCUAACUGCUUGAACAUGUUACUCCGCAUUGCAAACAGUGUUUCAUUCCUCUGGUUCUAUUUCUCAAAGAUUUCAAACCACCCAAUGCGAGCUUUACUCUUACGACCAGAGAUUUUUGCCAGUUUUGCAUUUACUUUUACAAUUACCUGUAUAUCCGAGUCAAUGUUUUGCUGUGACCAGGGUUUAUGGAGACGAGCCAUUCAUGUUGGUGUUGGCGCUGUUUCCAAUGACCGUUCAUUGGUACAAAGACAAUAUUUACUUCUUUUUCAUUAUUCUCUUCCAUCUACUUCUCCAAUUACAGUUCUUUCUCAAUUCCAUUCUUAA